CCAGCCGGCGGGGCUGACCACUUGUGCCUGGGAAGGCAGCUUCCUUUCCGUCCUCUGGCUCCUGGCAUGCGUGUGCGUCGCACGGCCAAGGACUUGCAGCUGUCUCAGUUGCAGACUCUGUGACUUGCCUUCUCAGCCGAGGAUGCAGGCUGAUAAAUGCAGGACAAGUAGCCGAAGUGUCAAAAAGGAGCUGGUGAUCGAGUCCCCGCUGCGGUGCAAGGAUGCAGCCCAGGGCGAGGGGGAAGCAGAGAGCCCGGGGCCAGUGCUGGCCAAGCCAAAGCUGAUUGAGCCGCUGGACUAUGAAAAUGUCAUCGUCCAGAAGAAGACACAGAUCCUGAACGACUGUCUACGGGAGAUGCUGCUCUUCCCUUAUGAUGACUUUCAGACGGCCCUCCUGAGACGACAGGACCGGUACCAGCGCUCCACCGUGCCCCCCACCGCACAGCAGGACGCCCAGAGCCUAUUCGUGACAGAGUGCAUCAAAACUUAUAACUCUGACUGGCAUCUUGUGAACUAUAAAUAUGAAGAUUACUCAGGAGAGUUUCGACAGCUUCCAAACAAAAUGGCCAAGUUGGAUAAACUUCCUGUUCACGUCUAUGAAGUGGAUGAGGAGGUCGACAAAGAUGAGGAUGCCGCCUCCCUCGGCUCUCAGAAGGGUGGCAUCACCAAGCAUGGCUGGCUGUACAAAGGCAACAUGAACAGUGCAAUAAGUGUGACCAUGAGGUCAUUUAAAAGACGAUUUUUCCACCUGAUUCAACUUGGUGAUGGGUCCUACAAUUUGAAUUUUUAUAAAGAUGAAAAGAUCUCCAAGGAACCAAAAGGAUCAAUAUUUCUCGAUUCUUGUAUGGGUGUGGUUCAGAACAACAAAGUCAGGCGUUUUGCUUUUGAGCUCAAGAUGCAGGACAAAAGUAGUUACCUGUUGGCAGCAGACAGUGAAGUGGAAAUGGAAGAGUGGAUCACAAUUCUGAACAAGAUUCUCCAGCUCAACUUUGAAGCUGUGAUGCAGGAAAAGCGGAACGGAGACUCUCAUGAAGAUGAUGAACAAAGCAAAUUGGAAGGUUCUGGUUCCGGUUUAGAUAGCUACCUGCCUGAACUUGCCAAGAGUGCCAGAGAAGCAGAAAUUAAACUGAAAAGUGAAAGCAGAGUUAAACUUUUUUACUUGGACCCAGAUGCUCAGAAGCUUGACUUCUCAUCAGCUGAGCCAGAAGUGAAGCCAUUUGAAGAGAAGUUUGGAAAAAGAAUUCUCGUCAAGUGCAAUGAUUUAUCUUUCAAUCUGCAAUGCUGUGUUGCCGAAAAUGAAGAAGGGCCCACUACAAACGUCGAGCCUUUCUUCGUCACUCUGUCCCUGUUUGACGUAAAAUAUAACCGGAAGAUUUCUGCCGACUUCCACGUCGACUUGAACCACUUCUCAGUGAGGCAGAUGCUGGCCACCAUGUCCCCGUCUCUGAGGAACGGCGACCGGCAGAGCUCGCCUGCCCCGCUGGGCAUCCUCCACGAGGCCGCCAUGCAGUACCCGAAGCAGGGGAUAUUUUCAGUCACAUGUCCGCAUCCUGAUAUAUUCCUUGUGGCUAGAAUUGAAAAAGUACUUCAGGGGAGCAUCACCCAUGGUGCUGAGCCAUACAUGAAGAGUUCCGACUCCUCCAAGGUUGCUCAGAAGGUUCUGAAGAAUGCCAAGCAGGCAUGCCAAAGACUAGGGCAGUACAGAAUGCCAUUUGCUUGGGCAGCAAGGACGUUGUUUAAGGAUGCAUCUGGAAACCUUGACAAAAGCGCCAGGUUUUCUGCUCUCUACAAGCAAGACAGCAAUAAGCUAUCCAAUGAAGACAUGCUCAAGUUACUUGCAGACUUUCGGAAACCUGAGAAGAUGGCUAAACUCCCCGUGAUUUUGGGCAAUCUAGACAUUACAAUUGAUAACGUUUCCUCAGACUUUCCUAAUUACGUCAACUCAUCAUACAUUCCUACAAAGCAAUUUGAAACCUGUACUAAAAUGCCGAUUACAUUUGAGGUGGAGGAAUUUGUACCCUGCAUCCCUAAACACACUCAACCUUACACCAUUUACAACAAUCACCUGUAUGUUUAUCCUAAGUCCUUGAAAUAUGACAGUCAAAAGUCUUUUGCCAAGGCCAGAAAUAUUGCUAUUCGCAUUGAAUUCAAAGAUUCAGAUGAGGAAGACUCUAAGCCUCUGAAGUGCAUUUAUGGCAGACCUGGUGGGCCACUAUUCACAGAAAGCGCCUUUGCUGCGGUUUUACACCAUCAUCAAAACCCAGAAUUUUAUGAUGAGAUUAAAAUAGAAUUGCCCACCCAGCUACAUGAAAAGCACCACUUGCUGUUCACAUUCUUCCAUGUCAGCUGCGAUAAUUCAAAUAAAGGAAGCACGAAGAAGAAGGAUGUCAUUGAAACACAAGUUGGCUAUUCCUGGCUUCCUCUCCUGAAGGAUGGAAGGGUGGUGACUAGCGAGCAGCAUAUCCCUGUCUCAGCCAAUCUCCCGUCUGGCUACCUAGGCUUCCAGGAGCAUGGGAUGGGCAGGCAUUAUGGUCCAGAAAUUAAAUGGGUAGAUGGAAGCAAGCCUCUGCUCAAAGUUUCGACUCAUCUGGUUUCCACAGUGUACACUCAGGAUCAGCACUUACAUAAUUUUUUUCAGUACUGUCAGAAAACCGAAUCCGGAGCCCAGGCCUUAGGAAGUGAACUCGUAAAAUACCUUAAGAGCCUACACGCAAUGGAGGGUCACGUGAUGAUCGCCUUCUUGCCCACCAUCCUAAACCAGCUCUUCCGCGUCCUCACCCGAGCAACUCAGGAGGAGGUCGCGGUCAACGUGACGCGGGUCAUUAUUCAUGUGGUUGCCCAGUGCCAUGAGGAAGGAUUGGAGAGCCACUUGAGGUCAUAUGUUAAGUAUGCAUAUAAAGCCGAGCCAUAUAUUGCUUCUGAAUACAAGACGGUGCACGAAGAGCUGACCAAAUCCAUGACCACAAUUCUCAAGCCUUCUGCUGACUUCCUCACCAGCAACAAACUACUCAAGUACUCAUGGUUUUUCUUUGAAGUUUUGAUAAAAUCCAUGGCUCAGCAUUUGAUAGAGAACUCCAAAGUUAAGCUGUUGCGAAACCAGAGAUUCCCCGCCUCCUAUCAUCACGCGGUGGAAACUGUUGUGACUAUGCUGAUGCCUCACAUCACGCAGAAGUUCCGAGAUAACCCGGAUGCGUCCAAGAACGCCAACCACAGCCUGGCUGUGUUCAUCAAGAGAUGUUUCACUUUCAUGGACAGGGGCUUUGUCUUCAAGCAGAUCAACAACUACAUCAGCUGCUUUGCUCCUGGCGAUCCUAAGACCCUCUUCGAAUACAAAUUCGAAUUUCUCCGUGUGGUGUGCAAUCAUGAACAUUAUAUUCCUUUGAAUUUACCAAUGCCAUUUGGAAAAGGCAGGAUUCAAAGAUAUCAAGACCUCCAGCUCGACUACGCGCUCACAGACGAGUUCUGCAGGAACCACUUCCUGGUGGGGCUCCUGCUGAGGGAGGCGGGGGCCGCCCUCCAGGAGCUCAGGGAGGUCCGGGUGAUCGCCAUCGGCGUGCUCAAGAACCUGCUGAUAAAGCACUCUUUUGACGACAGAUACGCUUCCAGGAGCCAUCAGGCGAGGAUAGCCACUCUCUACCUGCCUCUGUUCGGUCUGCUGAUUGAGAACGUCCAGCGGAUCAAUGUGAGAGAUGUGUCUCCCUUCCCGGUGAACCCUGGCAGUACUGUGAAGGAAGAAUCCCUCACUUUGCCGGCAGUGAACCCGUUAGUGACGCCCCAGAAGUCUGGGGGCACGCUGGACGCCAGCCUGCACAAGGACCUCUUUGGCGCCAUCUCUGGCAUUGCUUCUCCAUAUACGAACUCAACUCCCAACAUCAAUAGUGUGAGAAAUGCUGAUUCAAGAGGCUCCCUCAUAAGCACAGACUCCGGGAACAGCCUUCCAGAAAGGAACAGUGAGAAGAGCAAUUCCCUGGAGAAGCACCAACAAGGUGGCACUUUGGGAAAUUCUGUCAUUCGCUGUGACAAACUGGACCAGUCUGAGAUUAAGAGUCUGCUGAUGUGUUUUCUUUACAUACUAAAAAGCAUGUCUGACGAUGCUUUGUUUACAUAUUGGAACAAGGCCUCAACAGCCGAACUUAUGGAUUUUUUUACAAUAUCAGAAGUCUGCCUGCACCAGUUCCAAUACAUGGGGAAGCGCUACAUCGCCAGGAACCAGGAGGGGCUGGGACCCAUAGUUCAUGAUCGAAAGUCUCAGACAUUGCCUGUUUCCCGUAACAGAACAGGGAUGAUGCAUGCGAGAUUGCAGCCGCUGGGCAGCCUGGAUAACUCUCUCACUUUUAACCACAGCUACGGCCACUCGGACGCUGACGUUCUCCACCAGUCGUUACUUGAAGCCAAUAUUGCUACUGAGGUGUGCCUGACGGCGCUGGACACCCUCUCUCUGUUCACGCUGGCGUUUAAGAACCAGCUCCUGGCUGACCAUGGCCAUAAUCCCCUCAUGAAGAAAGUUUUUGAUGUCUACCUGUGUUUUCUUCAAAAACAUCAGUCUGAAACUGCUUUAAAACACGUCUUCACCGCCUUAAGGUCACUGAUCUAUAAGUUUCCCUCGACGUUCUACGAGGGGAGAGCGGACAUGUGUGCGGCCCUGUGCUACGAGAUCCUCAAGUGCUGCAACUCCAAGCUGAGCUCCAUCCGGACCGAGGCCUCCCAGCUGCUGUACUUCCUGAUGAGGAACAACUUCGACUACACCGGCAAGAAGUCCUUUGUCCGGACCCAUCUGCAGAUCGUUAUUUCAGUCAGCCAGCUGAUAGCAGAUGUUGUUGGCAUCGGGGGAACCAGGUUCCAGCAGUCCUUGUCUAUCAUCAACAACUGCGCCAACAGUGACAGGCUCAUCAAGCACACCACCUUCUCCUCGGACGUGAAGGACUUGACCAAAAGGAUCCGCACGGUCCUGAUGGCCACAGCCCAAAUGAAGGAGCAUGAGGCCGACCCCGAGAUGCUGGUGGACCUCCAGUACAGCCUGGCCAAGUCCUACGCCAGCACCCCUGAGCUCCGGAAGACAUGGCUGGACAGCAUGGCCAGGAUCCACGUCAAGAACGGGGACCUGUCCGAGGCAGCAAUGUGCUAUGUCCAUGUCACCGCCCUGGUGGCAGAAUAUCUCACACGCAAAGGCAUGUUUAGACAAGGAUGCACCGCCUUCAGGGUCAUCACCCCGAACAUCGACGAGGAGGCCUCCAUGAUGGAAGACGUCGGCAUGCAGGACGUCCACUUCAACGAGGAUGUGCUCACGGAGCUCCUGGAACAGUGCGCAGACGGGCUCUGGAAGGCCGAGCGCUACGAGCUGAUCGCCGACAUCUAUAAGCUCAUCAUCCCCAUCUACGAGAAGCGGAGGGACUUCGAGAGGCUGGCCCACCUGUACGACACACUGCACCGAGCCUACAGCAAGGUGACCGAGGUCAUGCACUCCGGCCGCCGGCUCCUCGGCACGUACUUCCGAGUGGCCUUCUUCGGGCAGCAAUACCAGUUUACAGACAGUGAAACAGAUGUGGAGGGGUUCUUUGAAGAUGAAGAUGGAAAGGAGUACAUUUACAAGGAGCCCAAACUUACACCUCUGUCAGAAAUUUCUCAGAGACUCCUCAAACUUUACUCAGAUAAAUUUGGUGCUGAAAACGUCAAGAUGAUACAAGAUUCUGGCAAGGUCAACCCCAAGGAUCUGGAUUCCAAGUAUGCGUACAUCCAGGUGACUCACGUGAUCCCGUUCUUUGAUGAGAAAGAACUGCAAGAAAGGAAAACGGAGUUUGAAAGAUCCCACAACAUUCGCCGCUUCAUGUUCGAGAUGCCCUUCACCCAGAGCGGGAAGCGGCAGGGGGGCGUAGAGGAGCAGUGCAAACGACGCACCAUCCUGACAGCGAUACACUGCUUCCCGUAUGUGAAGAAGCGGAUCCCGGUCAUGUACCAGCACCACACAGACCUGAACCCCAUCGAGGUGGCCAUCGACGAGAUGAGCAAGAAGGUGGCCGAGCUCCGGCAGCUGUGCUCCUCGGCCGAAGUGGACAUGAUCAAACUGCAGCUCAAGCUCCAGGGCAGCGUGAGCGUCCAGGUCAACGCUGGUCCACUAGCAUAUGCCCGAGCUUUCUUAGAUGACACAAACACAAAAAGAUACCCUGACAAUAAAGUGAAGUUGCUUAAAGAAGUUUUCAGGCAAUUUGUGGAAGCGUGCGGUCAAGCCUUAGUGGUGAACGAACGGCUCAUCAAAGAGGACCAGAUAGAGUAUCAGGAAGAAAUGAAGGCCAAUUACAGGGAAAUGACAAAGGAGCUUUCUGAAAUCAUGCACGAGCAGAUCUGCCCCCUGGAGGAGAAGACGAGCGUUCUGCCAAACUCCCUGCACAUCUUCAACGCCAUCAGCGGGACGCCCACCAGCACGCUGGUGCACGGCAUGACCAGCUCGUCCUCUGUGGUGUGACCCCCGCCACGUGGGCCACGGGUGGGGACUUGCUCUGUCAUUUGCAAACUCAGGACGAGACUCCAAAGCUAAUCCCCGGGCAUGUGCCUGACGCGGGGAGACCGAGCACAAGAAGGAGCCAAGGGGAUGGAAGAGUUACAGGAAAUAAAGAACCGGCUAAUUUCAUAGCAUGUUUCCUGGAGGAGUCCUCCUCAAGAGAGCACUCAUUUUUUUUUUUAAACCUCGCUGGCAAUAUUCAACGUUUUCAUUGUGUCUUAACAGAAGUGUGUGGUGGACACUCUUCGGCUGGAGUUAAAUGUUAUUCUUCCUUACAGAAGUAGUAUUAAAAAUAUAUGGCCUAGAGAAAACACAUGUUUCAGAAUGUACAUAGCACUGAAGUCGAGGCUGGAGGGUAACCCUUGGCCUCUAGGCUAAGCUGGAAAAUCUUGAAAAUUUUUUUUUUUUUCCUGUGGCACAUUCAGGUUGAAAACAAGAACUAUUUUUGUGACUAGUUUUUGAUGACCUAAGGAAACUGACCAUUGUAAUUUUUGUACCAGUGAACCAGGAAAGUUAGUGCUUUUAUACUCACUUGCAUUUAAGAAAUAGGAAAGCUUAAGAAACUAAGGGAGCUUAAGACUAGUCAAGCAGUUUAGAACCAAAGGCCUGUAUUAAUAAACACAACUAUGCUAAACAUUUAAAGGAGUAUAGUAUACUGUUAUGUACAUAGAGUUUGUUAAUACAGUCUUGGCAUUGUGUACAUACACAUAUGACAUUUCUACAUUUUUAAUACAUCAGCUUCUGCAUAAAGUUUAAUUGUGACAGAUUUGUGCUGUUCUUAGUAUAUGCAACACUUGACUCUACUGUUUUAUUCUUGUACAUAAAAGCAGUGCAGUAUGGAGGUGUAUACAGUCUUUGCUAUGUUAGGUUUAUAAACCAUUUUAAAAAUUUCAUCCUUUUGCCAAAGUGGUGGAGUAUGUCACUGAUAAAUCAUAAAUCUUGUGGGGAAUAGUGGUGUAAUGUAAAGCCUUCACUGUGUUAUAUUUUCUUUUCAGACAUUAAUUGAGUAAUUUUAUAUUUGGGAAAAAUAAAGGUUUUUAAUUUUAUUUAACUAGAAUCUCUGCCCUGCUGUAAUUAAAUAUUCUGUACCACAUCUGUAUUAAAAACAACAUUGCUGAUUUUC